AUGGCCUCCAAGCUCUUACAGAACAACACCAACAGCAGCUGGAUGAAAGAUCCAGGACUGCGGAGACUAAACCUGGGGAUCGGGUUUAUGUUAUCUGCAUCGGCUACAGCCGGAUAUUGUGCUAGCAUGAUCAAUGGCCUCCUGGUGCUUCCCGAAUUCUCGAGGUUUUUGGAUGGCCUUGACACAAAUGGAAGAGGUCUUAUUAUCGCCGCUGUCUCGCUGGGAUCCUUUUGCGCGUUCAUCCCCGGAUCUUACAUCGCCGACAAUCUGGGGCGGAGGAUCUGCGUUCUGAUCGGCUCCUCGCUAGUGAUCGUCGCCUCGAUUAUCCAAGUCGCCACAAACAACAAUUGGGUCUUCUUUGGUGCUCGUGUUCUAGCUGGAAUGGGAGUUGGAGUUUCGCAAACUGCUGCGCCUUUACUCAUCACCGAAUCGUCACACCCACGCCAGCGACAGGCCUUCACGGGUCUAUACAAUGCACUUUGGUUCAUCGGGUCGAUCACAUCGGCUGCUAUUGGUUUUGCUGGACUCACGAUUCUAGGGAGUUGGUCAUGGAAACUCCCCUGCUUAACGCAGGUGUUUUAUCCGGUCCUUCAAUUGAUAGGGCUUUGUUUUGUUCCCGAGAGUCCAAGAUGGUUGGUUUCUCGGGGCAGGAAAGAGGAGGGAAUGGCUAUACUGGCAAGGUAUCACGCCAAUGGAGACGAAAACGACGAACUUGUUCAGGACGAAUUCUACCAGAUUUGCAAGAGCAUCAAUGCGGAAUCCGAUAAGAGCUGCCGACGCUGGAGCACCUUUUUCGCAACUCGGAGCAACUUGCAUCGUCUAUCCAUUUGUGUUAUCCUGGGAUUCAUGCAAGAGUGGUCUGGAAAUGGUAUGAAAAACACACACAAAGCCCCCUUUGUCCCGACCCAGUUUCUAACCGAGUUCCUCCUUCCAGGCGUUGUUUCUUAUUAUCUAGCACCGAUUCUAGAAUCAGUCGGUAUAUAUAACGCAUCUCACCAGGCUGCCAUCAAUAUAAGCAUGCAGGUGUGGAACCUGGCAUUUGCGGUCUGCGGAGCAAUGGCUGCAAACCGAUACGGACGACGAAAACUCUGGCUAAUCGCAACAUUGUUGAUGUUCAUCUAUCUAUCCGCCGCAUCAACCAUGUCAGGUCUCUUCCAAGAGCUUCAUGUGCUGGAAGCUGGCAUUGCGGUGGUUCCCAUGCUUUUCCUCUUUUGCAGCGCUUACGAUAUGGCAUAUAUGCCCUUGUUUAUUGCAUACCCAGCUGAAAUCCUGCCCUUCCAGCUUCGUGCCAAGGGUCUUGCCAUCACGCUGACCACCGAUUCGAUGGCUUGCUUCUUCAACCAGUUUAUCAACCCGAUCGCACUGGGGGCAAUCCACUGGAGAUACUUCACGGUGUAUCUGGGUUGUCUUGUGAUUUUUGGUGCGACGAUCUACUUCCUCUUCCCGGAGACUAAAGGUCUAUCUCUGGAGGAGGUAGCGCGGAUCUUUGAAAAGGAGAAGACUUACCAGGUGGAGACGCCCUCUGAUGUUUCGCAAGAACUGCUCGUCUUCGAUAAGAACGGUAGCACCUCGUGA